CUCCACCAUGCCGUCUGGCUGCCACACUAGCCUCCCUGGCUCUCAUACUCAUAAUCUUCCUUCAUGUCUAUUUUUAGUUUUCCUGGCUCAAGCUUCUCCAGGCCAGUGAAACACAAUCCUCCCUCUCCCCUCUGCCUCUCGCUCUGGCGUGCGAGCUGCCGGCGGGAGCCCCCAGGUAAACACCGCCGCUGAAACCCUCUAGGGCUCCUGCCUCAGGAAAACCUCUGACUUCGGGAUCACAGCUCGGCUUUUAGGAUGGACAGAAGCUGGAUGACCUUCUGAUGGGCUUUAGCUUCGGGUGUGGAUGUGGACGUUUUUCUCUCAGAUGACAGAAUCACUCCAACUUCCCCUUGGCCGUUGCUUCCUUCCCUUGCAGGUAGCUGGAUCUUGUUUUCCUUAAAAAAUCUUUUCCUUCCAAAUUCGCCUGCCAUGCCAACUGUCAUUAGCGCAUCUGUGGCCCCACGGACGGGGGCGGAGCCCAGGUCCCCGGGGCCGAUUCCCCAGCUGGGCGAAGGCAAGACCACCGAGGCUGGGGGCGCAAACCCAAGUGGCAUCUAUUCAGCCAUCAUCAGCCGCAAUUUCCCCAUUAUUGGAGUGAAAGAGAAGACAUUCGAGCAGCUUCGUAAGAAAUGUCUAGAAAAGAAGGUCCUUUAUCUGGAUCCGGAGUUCCCACCAGAUGAGACCUCUCUCUUUUACAGCCAGAAGUUCCCCAUCCAGUUCAUCUGGAAGAGACCUCCGGAAAUUUGUGAGAAUCCCCGAUUUAUCAUCGGUGGAGCCAACAGAACGGACAUCUGUCAAGGAGAUCUAGGGGACUGCUGGUUUCUCGCAGCCAUUGCUUGCCUGACCCUGAACGAGCGCCUGCUUUUCCGAGUCAUACCCCACGAUCAGAGUUUCACCGAAAACUACGCGGGGAUCUUCCACUUCCAGUUCUGGCGCUAUGGAGACUGGGUGGAUGUGGUUAUUGAUGACUGCCUGCCGACUUACAACAAUCAACUGGUUUUCACCAAAUCCAACCACCGCAAUGAAUUCUGGAGUGCUCUGCUGGAGAAGGCUUAUGCUAAGCUCCAUGGUUCCUACGAGGCUCUGAAAGGCGGGAACACUACUGAGGCCAUGGAGGACUUCACAGGAGGGGUGACCGAGUUUUUUGAGAUCAAGGAUGCUCCCAGAGACAUGUACAAGAUCAUGAAGAAAGCCAUCGAGAGAGGCUCCCUCAUGGGCUGCUCCAUUGAUGAUGGCACAAACAUGACCUAUGGAACCUCACCUUCUGGACUGAAAAUGGGGGAGUUGAUUGCGCGGAUGGUGAGGAAUAUGGAUAACUCGCAGCUCAGGGACUCAGACCUCGUCCCCAGAGGCUCAGAUGACAGACCGACCCGGACAAUUGUUCCGGUUCAGUAUGAAACAAGAAUGGCUUGUGGGCUAGUCAAGGGCCAUGCCUACUCUGUCACUGGGCUGGAGGAGGCCCUGUUCAAGGGAGAGAAAGUGAAGCUGGUGCGGCUGCGGAACCCCUGGGGCCAGGUGGAGUGGAACGGCUCCUGGAGUGAUGGUUGGAAGGACUGGAGCUUUGUGGACAAAGCUGAGAAGGCUCGUCUGCAGCACCAGGUCACUGAGGAUGGAGAGUUCUGGAUGUCAUAUGACGAUUUCAUCUACCAUUUCACAAAACUGGAGAUCUGCAACCUCACGGCCGAUGCCCUGGAGUCCGACAAGCUGCAGACGUGGACAGUGUCCGUGAAUGAGGGCCGCUGGGUGAGGGGCUGCUCUGCCGGAGGCUGCCGCAACUUCCCAGACACUUUCUGGACCAACCCCCAGUACCGUCUGAAGCUCCUGGAGGAGGACGAUGACCCCGACGACUCCGAGGUGAUCUGCAGCUUCCUGGUGGCCCUGAUGCAGAAGAACCGGCGGAAGGACCGGAAGCUGGGGGCCAACCUGUUCACCAUUGGCUUUGCCAUCUACGAGGUUCCCAAAGAGAUGCAUGGGAACAAACAGCACCUGCAGAAGGACUUCUUCCUGUACAAUGCUUCCAAGGCCAGGAGCAAAACCUACAUCAAUAUGCGAGAGGUGUCCGAGCGCUUCCGCCUGCCUCCCAGCGAGUACGUCAUUGUACCCUCCACCUAUGAGCCCCACCAGGAGGGAGAAUUCAUCCUCCGGGUCUUCUCCGAAAAGAGGAACCUCUCUGAGGAAGUUGAAAAUACAAUCUCCGUGGAUCGGCCAGUGAAAAAGAAAAAAACCAAGCCCAUCAUCUUCGUUUCGGACAGAGCAAACAGCAACAAGGACCUGGGUGUGGACCAGGAAUCAGAGGAGGGCAAAGACAAAACAAGCCCUGAUAAGCAAGAGAAAUCCCCACAGCCACGGCCUGGCAACACUGACCAAGAGAGUGAGGAGCAGUUGCAAUUCCGGAACAUUUUUAGGCAGAUAGCAGGCGAUGACAUGGAGGUCUGUGCAGAUGAGCUCAAGAAUAUCCUUAACACGGUUGUGAACAAACAUAAGGACCUGAAGACACAAGGGUUCACGCUGGAGUCCUGCCGUAGCAUGAUCGCCCUCAUGGAUACAGAUGGCUCUGGCAGGCUGAACUUGCAAGAGUUCCAUCACCUCUGGAAGAAGAUUAAAGCCUGGCAGAGAAUUUUCAAACACUAUGACACAGACCAGUCUGGUACCAUCAACAGCUAUGAGAUGCGAAAUGCAGUCAAUGACGCAGGUUUUCACCUCAACAGCCAGCUCUACGACAUCAUUACCAUGCGCUAUGCAGACAAACACAUGAACAUCGACUUCGACAGCUUCAUCUGCUGCUUCGUCAGGCUGGAGGGCAUGUUCCGAGCUUUUAAUGCAUUUGACAAGGAUGGAGACGGUAUCAUCAAACUCAACGUUCUCGAGUGGCUGCAGCUCACCAUGUAUGCCUGAACCAAGCUGGCCUCAUCCAAGGCCAUAGAGAUCACUCAGGAUUUCCAUUUCAUCCAAUAUAGCUAGAGCCACUUACCUCAAAGGACACUGUAGCUGCGCCCCGCCCGGCCCCCCAGCAAGCCUCCAGGCACCUCAUCGUGUUCCUCCUCUGCUUCACUCCCCACUCGGCCUCAGGGCAUCUGUCCAUCUGUCACACCCACACUGACCCUUCAGUUAAGGAAUGAGAGAGAAUAAUUUUGUCCUUUCGCCACAUGGAGCCACGUGUCUGUCUGCCUCAGCAAGUUGUAGUCCAGCUGAGCGGUUUGCUCAGGAUCUGAGCGGCCUCAGCUCUGAAGUAAAUGCUCUCCUUAGCUUGCCCUAGGCUGUUCACAGAAGCGUUUGCCAAUGGCACUCAGCACUUCCUGUGUUAGUGUCCUCCAUCGCCUUCGUGUCACCCAUGGGACGGUAACCAAACUAGCACUUGGUUCUCAUUGUUUCAGGAUGGGCCUGCUCUGGGAUAAACUAGCUCAGUGGAAGAGGGCUGGAUACUGACUCAUAAGUUUGGCUGCAUUCUGAAAAAGAGUUGAUCUAAAUAAAGGCAUGUGUA